AUGGCGACUGUGGGACACUGCCUGUACUGCUUCGAGGCGCUGGCUUCGCACCUGGAAAAGCGGCGGGGUAUUUCCCUCAAAGAGAUCCAGCAAUCAUGGCCCGAGUACGCAAAGACCCUGUCGUCCGGCCUCGGUGACGGCAAGGAUGCCUCCAAGAAGCUCCUCCCGGCCCUCCAACGCCUCGCCGAGCCCGCCAGCGACUCAAACUCCGCCUCCUCCGGCUCCAGCCUUUCGCUGCCGGCCGAGACCCCCGAGACAUCCGUUGACUCCCUCGCCGAUGCCGACGACGAUGUCAUCACCGAGUCCCCGCUCUUCGUCACCUGGAACACCGUCUCACCACGCUCGGGCCACCGCUCGCUGCGGGGAUGCAUCGGCACCUUUGAGCCGCAGGAGCUCGAGGACGGCCUGUCGAGCUACAGCUUGACGUCGGCGCUGCACGACAUGCGAUUCCCGCCCGUCGAGACGUCGGAGCUGCCCUCGCUCGAGGUCGCCGUGACCCUGCUGACCGACUUUGAGGACGCUGACGACGCCAUGGACUGGACGCUCGGUGUGCAUGGCCUGCGCAUCAGCUUCUUCUACCACGGCAAGCGGUACGGCGCGACCUACCUCCCUGACGUCGCCGUCGAGCAGGAGUGGACCAAGGAGGAGACGCUCGUGAGCCUCAUGCGCAAGGCCGGCUGGAUGGGCCGCAAGGAUAAGUGGCAGGAGGUCGAGCUCAAGGUCGUGCGAUACCAGGGCAAGAAGGAGUCGCUGGAAUAUGCCGAAUACAAGAAGUGGUACGACUGGUACAAGAACAACAAGACCAAGUCCGGCUGA